AUGUUCCUUUCUGGUUGCUGUGAUGGAGACGAGGCGCUUUGGAUUUUAAACUUUCUGUUUGAAAUAAUAAAAAAAACCCUCCGAAAUACUCAAUAUCAGACAUAGAGCAUCAGAGCUGUACAAUCACAAGAUGUUUUAAAAACACUGCAGAACUGAGGGUGUAGUGUUAGAGAACAGGCCCGUUCCCGCCCCAGUGCGCGCGCUCCUGUCACGCCGCCGUCACCAUGGCGACCACGGGACUGCGCAUCGGAGAUCAGCUGGUGCUGGAGGAAGACUAUGAUGAAAACUACAUCCCUUCUGAGCAAGAGAUCCACGAGUACGCCGUCGAGAUCGGCAUCGACCCUCUGCGCGAGCCGGAGCUGCUGUGGUUGGCCAGAGAGGGGAUGGUGGCGCCGCUGCCCGACGAGUGGAAACCAUGUCAGGACAUCACCGGUGAAGUGUACUACUUCAACUUCUCCACGGGUCAGUCCACGUGGGAUCACCCCUGUGACGAGCAGUACCGCCAGCUAGUGGUGCAGGAGCGCGAGCGCACACAACACAGCAGAGCCGCUCCGCCCGCGGCCAACGCUACCGUGGGGAAGGACAAGGAGAAGAAGAAGAAGAAAGACAAGAAGAAGAAGGAGAAGAAGAAAGAACCAGAGGGAGUCAGAGCUCCAGGGAUGUUGGCUCCUCUCGCUCCUCUGCGGGGUCUGUCUGAGGCUCCUGUCGCUCCUCUCAGAGGGUCUCUGGGCGUCUCAUCUGGACUCCAGCCGCUCAAAACCUCUCUAGGGUCUGCCGUGUCGAGCUCCGCUGCUUUCAGAAGUGCUGAGGAAGACGAGGAGAUCUCAGAGGAAGAUAGGCCGCGAGAUUCAGUGGGACUGCUGAAGAACCUCCACCUGGAUCUGGAUGCUCUGGGAGCGGGACUGCAGUAUGAGGACAGUGAGGUCAGUGGGACGGUUCCUCCUGAAGAAAGAACAGAACCUGAACUACAGGAUUUGGCCUUAUCGAGGGAUCACAGUCCAGAGCCGCCUUCAGAGGACUCGUUGCGUGGACGUCUCCUCCCCUCCACAGCCGCUUCAUGCCCUUUGACCUCAGACGCUGCUGCAGACGAAGGCAUGAGUGACGGUGCGCAGCAGGAGGAGAAACAGUCCGAUGAAGAGAUCGAUGAGGAGAUUGAGAGAUUCAGCCAGACCAAGGAGAGAACCGAAGAGCAGAGAGAACAGACGGAGAGUGAAGAUGAUGAAGACAAGCCUAGAGAAGAACAGGAGAAAGACAGCGGCGUACAGGCAGAGCGAAGUGAGGAGGAGGAGAGGCUUUCAGAGCGCAGUGAAAGAGAGGAACACGAACACGAAAGAGACAGCGAGGAAAUCGAGCGCUUUCAGACGGACAGCCCUCCGAUAGAAAAAGGAAAAGAACAGAGGCAGGAGAAAGGCGAGAUCAGCAGUGAGGAAGAGGUAGAGAGAAGUGUUUUCCAUAUGGAGGAGGAAGAGAAGCUUUCAGAACACGGGGAAACUGAGGAAGAUGAGCAUAAAGAAGAGCAGAGAGAGAGUGAAGGACGUGGGAUCAGCGACACUCAGAGCGACAGAGACGGCGAGGAGAUCGAACGCUUUCAGGAGGACAGCCCUCAAAUGACACACUUUAAAACUGGGAAGUUUGUGCCUCAGUGGAAUCCAGUGUGCAGUGAGGAAUCUGAAGCUGGUGAAGCAGCAGCGGCGUCGCUCUCAUUCGCCGAUGAUGUGCAGGCUGGCUUUCACUCCAAACUCUCAGAGAAUGUGUUUGAUCUGCUGGAUCUGACUCCUGCAGUGGACAGGAAGGAAGAGGAGGGAGAGGAAGACGUGGACAGCUGCGUGGAUGUCUCUGUCUCUGCAGACAGGCGUCUGCAGUCCCAGUCCGACCUCUCCUCGCCCGCCGAUGACAUCAGCAGAGCAUCACAUGACCAGAGACCGCCGACGGCCCGCGGCCGAACCCACACCAGUGAUCAGGAGAAGAGACGAGAAGCUCAGGAGGAUGAAGAGCAGCGUGAGCGUGAUGAAGAGGAGAGAAGACGGAUGGAGGAGGAGAAGAACAGAUUGAUGGAGGAGGAGAAGAACAGACGGAUGGAGGAGGAGAAGAACAGACUGAUGGAGGAGGAGAAGAGAAGAGAAGCUCAGGAGGAUGAAGAACAGCACAAGUGUGAUGAAGAGGAGAAGAACAGACUACGACUGCAGCUGCUCAGACAAGCGCUGAUGAAGGAUGAGGAAGACGAGGAGUGCCGGAUGAAGGAGGAGAGCGCCGAGCAGCUGAGGGUUUUGAAGGAACAGAUACUUAAAAACAGACGAGAUGAGGAGGAGCGAUUAAACAACGACAUGCACACACAACUACAAAAGCUAAGAUCUGAGAACGAGGUGAGACUCCAGGAGCUGCGCUCAGAGCUGGAGGCAGAGCAGAAGAGGGCGGAGACUGAGAAGAGGCGGGGUCUUGAGCUCCUGAGGGAGGAGUUAGAGGAGGAGCUCCAGGCAGAGAGGAGGCGGCUACAGGACAAGAAGGAGGAGCAGCUGACCUCCAUCAGAACACAGGCUAAACUGAGCGACUCUCUGAAGAAUUCAAGGAGUCCACGACCAGAACAACCUUUAGCCGAGUACCAGAGAGAGCUCACAGAUGUCCUCCAAGAAGUUCGUGAGGAAGUUGAGAGAGAUCACAGAAAGAAACUAGAACAACUGAAAGAGGAACAUCGACAUGAACUACAGAACCUCAGAGAAACACACCUGGAGCGGGAGAGCAGGGAGAGAGAGCGUCUAUUGAACUCUCUUCAGGAGGAGAGAGACACUAUGAUGUCUACACACACAACACAACUACACAAACUACAGCACACGCUGGAAACACAACUGCAGGAGAUGCGCAGGACACACUCACUGAAGGAGACAGCGUUACAGGAGUGGAUGGAGAAGCUGGAAGUACAAACCAAAGAACUUCAAACUCGAGAGGCAGAACUUCAGUCAAAGGCGUCAGAGUUGAAGAAGAGCAGACAGCAGCUGUGUGAGGAAGAGGAGGAUAUUCAGAGAGGAUUAGAGUCUCUCCCUCGGUUGUUGAAGGAGCGGGACGAGCUUCGUGAGGAGCUGCAGCGGAUGAGGGCAGAUCUUCAGCGAGAGAGACAGGAGAGGGAGAGACAGAGAGAGGAGAACAGCAGGAUGAUGGAGGAGAGACAACAGCUGGAGACGAGGGUCACACUCCUGCAGGACAGAUGUGAACAGCUCAGCUCCAGAGUCAGCGAGCUGGAGCAGAGCAGCAGAUCGGCGAGAGAAGACCAGCAGAAGAAGAGCAGGAGGAAGAGCGAGAGCGGCCUGCGCUUGGAGGACCUCGAAGCCUCAGCGCUGCGCUCAGGAGACGCCAGCGAUAACAGCGUAGACGAUGUGAGGCAGUAUGUGUGGAAUGAGAGCGUGUCUCUCCUCAGGGCUCGGCAGUUUCUGGAGCGCCAGAGCGUUCAGGUGUCGGACAGACAGGCAGCGCUGCGGGCAGCUCACAGCAGUCUGAAGGACCCCUCGCCCGGGACCUCCACGCAGCAGCUCUACCACAACCUGCAGCAGGAGGCGAGGGAUCUAGCCGAGCUGAGGGAGACGCUUCACAAGGGUCAAACGCUACUGAAAGAAAAAGAGGAAAAACUGAACCAGCUCGAAACUUCACUGACUGAAGAGGUGUCAUGCGAGGACGCUGAGAGGUCAGCUGAUCGGAAAGUGACGUUUGAUGUCACCGAGUCAGAGAUGAGCAGCAUCUACAGCCCGGAGGGAACAGUUCCGGUGAAGGUGCAGCAGUUGGCCGACUCUCUGCAGCUGAUCUCAGGUCAGCUCAAUUCUGUGUUAGGAGCUUUGGGUUCACUGACCCACAAACAGGCCCCGCCCACUCUGACCACACCUCUACCACCCCGGCCCUCGUGGGCGUGGCCUGUGAACUCCUCCCCCUCGCUGUCCAACGGACUCAGACCCACAGACUCGCUGCAGAACCGCUGGACGGAAACCAGCAGAGCUCACAUGACCUACUCAGGAUACACACUGCCAAGCCUGUCGAGUCUGCGUCCAUCAGCAGAGGUCGAAGGUCAGCGGCUGCAGGGUCUGAUUGAAGGAAACAAACGCUGGCUGGAAGCUCAACGCAAAAACCGCAACAUUCCACUCUUCCCAAACCUCAGGACCGGCUCCAGCAGCGGCGGGUUAGUUCAGCUCAGCCUCGACGACAACAACCAGAUCAAAGUCCAUCAUUACUGAAGCAGCGCCAAUACACACACACACACACACACACACACACUAUGGCAAGCCGUUUUA